AUGCCGCCCUUCAUCACCCUCGAAGAACACUACCUCUCCCCCAAAGUCCGCGCAGCAAGCACACACGACGAAUUCGCCCAGUUCCCAUCUCAUAUAACGCGUAAACUAGAGAGCAUCAGCUCAGAAAGGAUUCAAGACCUAGACAAUGGCCAAGUCGCCCUCCAAGUCCUCUCCCACGCCCCAGGAACCCACCCAACAUCUCUCUGCAAAGAGGUAAACAACGACCUCGCCGCCUCAAUCUUCAAGAACCCAACCCGCCUCGCAGGUUUUGCCCUCCUACCCAUGAGCGAUGCCCCGGCGGCAGCGGCCGAACUGGAGCGAUGCACGCGCGAGCUCGGGUUCGUGGGCGCCUUAGUAGACAACCAUAUCAACGGAAAAUUCUACGACAACGAGAGAUUCUGGGUGAUAUUUGAGAAAGCGCAGGAGCUUGACGUGCCCAUUUACAUCCAUCCGUCGUGGGCGACUGAGGAGACGGUUGAGUACUACAAGGGAAAUUACGAUGACUCUGUUGCUAUGGCGUUGAGUGCUUUUGGGUGGGGGUGGCAUUCUGAGACGGCGGCGCAUAUUCUGCGGCUUUAUGCUAGUGGGUUGUUUGAUCGGUUUCCGCGGUUGAAGAUUGUUAUUGGGCAUAUGGGUGAGAUGCUGCCGUUUCAGUUGGAGAGGGUUAUGCUUGUUUCUGCGCGGUGGGGGAGGGAGAGGUCUUUCAAGGAGGUUUGGGAUGCGAAUAUUUGGGUUACUACAAGUGGGAUGUUUGCGCUGCCGCCUUUCGCUUGUCUUUUGCAGACUACUAGUAUUGACAAGGUUUUGUAUAGUGUUGAUUAUCCUUUCUCUUUGAAUGAGAAGGGGUUGGAGUUUUUUGAGAGGGUUAAGAAGAGUGGGUUGAUUGCUGGGGAGGAUUUGGAGAAGUUUGCUUUUAAGAAUGCUGAGGCAUUGCUGGGUGUUAAAGCACAGAUAUGA